UAGUCGAAAGCGCUGGUUCAUGGGUAAAUUUUCCGUUACCCGCGGCCCUUCUGUUUAACGUUUAUCGAGUAAUUAUCUAUACUAGACCGUGAAAUAAUUGUGUUCAUAUUCAAUCGUACGAAAGUGCGAAUAAAAAAGAAAGAGGUUCGCCAAUUUCUAUUGCACGCGCGGGUGAAGAGACAAUAAGUCUAUACAAUUUCGUUUUACUUAAGUAUGGAAAGUCCGUUACCUCACAUAAUGGAGGGUAGCGACAGUGAAUACUCUAACAAACCAAAAGACAGGUUAUUGAGCCUUCUCGAUCAGGUGGAGAUGAGAGUGGAGCAACUACGUAAGGAUGCGGUCAGACUCGAGGAAGAAAAGGACGCUAUGCUUACUACUCUUGAUACACUGCGCAACAACGAGAUGCUUAUCGCACUCGAGGAAGGUGAUCGUGAUGAUGUUCUACGUUAUGCUGACAGACUUUCCAUGCGAUGUCUCACUGUUGACGUUUUAGUCAAAAUCACACGUGAUCAGAUCCAAACUGAUGCUCUCUAUCAGGUAAACGGAUUGAUUGACACUUUAGUGGUUGGAUUGAGAAAUGAUCCGUUUGGGACUCGACAACGCUGCGCUGCUUUUAUGAAUGCUUGUUCAUCCCACGGUAUAGGACAUUCGGACAAGAAUUUCGAAUCUGCGAUAUUGGGUUGUACCUUGGACGAUCAGAAGCGAGUUAAGAAAAGGCUUCAGGGUCUUCUCGACUACAUCGACAAGAUGCACACGAUAGAAUUGCAAUGAGCGUAAAUUCGUCAUCGAGAAAAAGCGUUCGAUCCGCACUACGCAUUUUUACUACCAAACGGCCGACUUCGUUAAGAUUUAACAGUUUGUAUGAAGAAGCAACGAAAUUCGUUUAGAAUCGGUUGUUACCAAUAUGAAGUGCGAAAACGGAAGAACCAAAUCUGCCCACCGUGGACAAGUGUGCUUUUAAAACAGCCGUAAUUUUCUAAGUUGCGAGUUACGAUAGAUGCGACGUUACUAUUUCUACUAUUUCCUCUAUGUUCUUGGCUCGAAAAUCAAGAUAAAAUAUAACGACAUUGUUGCGAGAAAGACAAAAGUUGAUUAGUUAUCAAAGCCCCUCGUGUCGUUCAUAACUUGGAUUAUUACAUUAAAUUUGCUCGUAAAGACAGAAAAACGAUUCCAGUAUUUGCGUCAAUAUCCUGAAGAUGGAUUCAGUAAGGUUUAAACCUUUAGUCACGUCGAUUAAUUCGAAUCUUUAACAUCCUUCAGAUUUUGGGCAUCUUUAUUAGCACGUUAUGCAGCGCCUUGAAGUGCGCGUACCCUGAAAUAUUAUAAUUGUUAUAUCCGUUAAUACGAUAUUGAGAGAGGAAGGGCUGGCCAUUUAUUUAUUCAUUGUUACACCUUACGUGACCCGCCAAAGCAGUUGCUUCAUUUCAUCUCACAAAAAAUGUUUGAAUUUUCUGCUGCCCACAUCCCACCGUUUCCAUCGCCGGGACUCGUCGAUUAUCGAUACUUUCGUCUCUUCUAUUUUGUCUUCUCAAUAUUCAGAGUAAUUCCUUGUCAAUAAACAAGAAAAAUGAGUUUGUUCCAAAAAUACCAUAAGUUAAGCCUUUGAGGCUGAUAUCAUAAAAGAUUCACCGUCCGUUUGAAGCUGGUACUUUUACCGCAUCGAGAAUCAAAGUCCGUAUAUUCCAUGGGGAAACAAAUCGUUGCGACAUUUAUACAAUUUUUAUCGUCAUCUCUGUGAUAAUAAAGAUUUUCAUCCUGAA